CCACACCAUAGCAUAAAAAUCCCCCGACGAUACAAAUAGUAAGUUCUGUUUGUUGCUUGUUCAGAUAUUCAGGGAAAGAUAUUUUAUUUCUCUGUUCGGGGUUGGGGUUUGUUCAAUUGCAUCUGUAUAUCACCGAUCCGAUCCAGAUCAACUACCCAUUUGGAUUCAACCCAGAAGAAAUUAAUCUGCCUCUGUUUGGUGCCAAAUUUCGACUACCCAAUUGGAUAAAAUCCGUGAAAUGUGUUGGCUGGUCAGGGGAGCUCAGUAUAAAUGCGUUUAAUGGGCACCCAAUUGGUGUAUUGGGAUGGAAAAGAUCCCUCUCUUCAAUACGGAUGAAUCUAAUUAUGUUUUGUGAAGGAAUAAAUACAUUAACCAGAUUUGGCUUCAGCCCAUCUGUCUGUACUGCUCCUAGCAUCAAUUUGCACGCGGAUCGCUUGUUUUUGGUUACAGGGUUUCGUCCCCGUGAAGCCUGAUUGCAAAUUGGGAUCUUCAGUCAAACCCUAUAAAAGGCCAUAUAUACCAUGGGUUAUUUGUAAAUUAAUAGGUGCCCUGUAAUUUCUGUUAUCUUAAGGUUUUUAUUUCUGUUGCAGAUGAGAUUGUGAGGCAGUUUUACAGAGAAAUCUUGAAUUUUGAGUUGGGGUUUGAGAUUGAAUUCAUUAUUCAACUAGGAUUUUUGGUUAGGGUGGAGUUUUAAUCAGCAUGGGAAAGAAGAGGAAAGAACGAACCGUGGCAGAGCUGUACAAGCGUACUGUAAAGUUGUUAAAACCCCGGAUAACUCCUAUACUUGAAGGUCAUUGUCGCAUACAAGGACCUCUAAAUGAGUCUGACUCUGAAAGUGAGACAAAAAGGUUACGCAAUACAGCAGACAGAGACAAAGAGAAAGACAGCAGCAUUGAACGUAUGGAAUCCUCUGUUUCAACUAAUGUUUCUAAAAGACGUAGAAACAAAGAGCAAGAAACAGAUCAUAACACUGUUGAUACAAUAUUGAUGCAAAAGAAAACUCCUGGGAAAGAAUCACCGAGUGAGCAUGCUACAGGCAAAUCAGCUAGCAAAGAUUUUGUGGAAAGAGAAGAAAUUCCAGGCAGCAAGAAGACAAGGAUAAGUAGUAAUGUACGGAGGGCAAAGGGAAAUAAAUCAAGGAAAGCAAGUGUAGCUAGCAGUCAUUCAGAUCGUGGCCAGGAAGUGGAAUUACAGGCAAGCAGUAUGAUUGAGCCAAGUGAAAAGUCCUUGGAGACUCCAGGCAGUUCUCAAACACAUGAUGAGGAGAAGAUUCUUUUUCUUGGAAAGCAGUCAGAGGAAACAUGUGAUCAAUCAAGAAAUUCAGGUACAAGUAGCAGUCAUUCAGAUUAUGUACAAAAAGCAGAAACACAAGCAACUGAUACGAUUGAGCAGAGUGAGAAGCGCUUAGAGACACUAGAUGCUUCUCAAGCAAGGGAUGAGGAAAAGAUGCUUUCUAUUGACAAGCAGUCAGAGGAAACGUGUGAUACAUCAAACAAUGCAGCUAUACCCAUUAGUGAUUCAGAUUAUGAACAGAAAGCUGAAAUACAGGAAAGUGGUACAAUUGAGCAAAGUGAAAUGUACUUGGAAACUUCUUUUGCUUCUCAAUCAAAUGAGGAGACAAUCCUUUCUCUUGGAAAGCAAUUAGAGGAAACAUCCUAUAAAUCAGGAUUUAACAGACAGAAUGAAGAAGUACAGGCAACCUGCAUGACUGAGCAAAUUGAGAAGUCUUUGGAGGCUCCAAGUGCUGCUCAAUCAAAUGAUGAGGGGAACAUCCUUUCUCUUGAAAAUCAGUUUGAGGAAACUCGUGAUAAGUGCUUUGACAAAGAGCCUGCUGAUAUUUUGCAAUCUAAUGAAACAACCAUUGUUGUAGAUGCUGCGGUAAAUAAGGAUGACAAGGGUAUAAAGAAGCAAGAAGAGGCAGAUGAGGAGCUGCCUGUAACAAAACCAAGUGAUACUACUGAUAUCAACUCUGAAGACUCUCAUUGUGUUGGGGUAACCUUGAGUCAAAAUAGUUUGAACACAUGUAGCAUGGCACCGAUAACUGUCUCAGAUGAAAUAAAUGAAUUGGAAGUAUUAACAGGAAUACAAUCGCCUGUGUCACUUCAUUCUGAUUUAGAUGUCCAUGCCCCGGGAAGUGAAAAUAGCUCAGGAAUGGCACAAAUUCAUUUUAAUGGGGAUGCAUGCAAUAAUAAAGAUUUGACAGAGAGACCACUGAUAAGUAAUUCUCCAAGAUUAGAAAAUACAGAUGAGCUGAUAUCUACAAGUACCGAAUCACUUGUAACAGAAAAUGUGAUUUUGAAGGGAACAAGUGCAUCAUCUGACAUGGCAAAUGCUGAAAAUAUGAGCUCUCUUGAAUCACCCGAAAUGCAUUUUGAGAAAACAAGCUCCAGUUCCAUUGAAGGUUCUUUAGAUGUAAUUCAAAAAGCUGAAACUGAGUCUAAGGGGAGUGAAUUUCUUCAACAAAAUAAUAACAUUCAGAUUGUGACACCUACAACUAGUAACGUAGAAGAAAUAAAUACAUUUGCUGAGAAUUCUUUGCCAGGACAUAGUUUGAAUGUAGAUGGCACAGAAACUGUGAACUUGCCUUUCAAAUCUGGUCCUUUGGACCAUUCUCUUUCUAGUUCACCUGAGAAGAAGGAAGUUUCAAAUAUAUUAUUUUCUGAAGAUAACAUUUUACAGGAAGCAGUCAGUUCAUUCCCUCUUUCAGUAAUACCGGGGCAUUCCUCUCUAAUAUCUGCAAGUAUGUCUGUUAAAACUGAAAAGGAGAUUGAAGCAUAUUCUAGCAAUCAGCAAGAGCAGGAUUUUGCAUUUACAUCGUCAACAGUCUGCACAGAGUUCUCUACAAAUAAAAACACCAUUAUUGACAAGGAAGAAGCUAAAGAUGUCUUGCCUGUUUUACCAGUAGCUGCAAGAAGUGCAGAGCAUCUUGAAAAUAAUGUUUUGAAAAGAAAUGAGUUGGAUCAAGAUUUUCAGUUUUGUGAAGGUAGCAAGAAGCUUGGGCCCUCUGAAUUGGCUAGCUCUUCAGGAGUGUCAUUUCCAUGUGGAGGAACUGAAAAAUCCUGCGUGCCUCUUUCUGGAGAGGAUGAUGUUAAAGUAUGCGAUAUUUGUGGGAAUACGGGUUAUGAAGAAAUGCUUGCUGUAUGUAGUGUAUGUAAUGAUGGUGCAGAACACAUCUACUGCAUGCAAACUAUGCUAGAUGAGGUGCCAGAAAGGGAUUGGUUGUGUGAAGGGUGUAAGUCGAAGCAGGAUAUCAAUGUUAAAAGGGUUGAGACAUCUACAAGCUUGACUGUCAUCUCUAAGCCUGCAUGCUUAAACAGCAGGAAGCAUUCUUAUGGCACAGCACGGUCUAGGCUUUCUGCAAAAUUGGAUAAGAAGAAGUUAGUACCUGAAAGAAAGAGAGCUUUCAAAGGUAUUCCUAGUUCCCUGUUAUCUACAAAACGACAAGCUGAGUCUUUUGAAAUUGGGCCAGCUACCAAAAAAUUGGCUCUUGGAACUCCGAGUUCAAACAUUGGCUCAUUUUGUUCAAAUCCGAAGUCUAUUUUUCACAGGGAAAACUCAUUCAAAGCAUUAGACAUAGGAAAAGUCAAAACAUCUAUUGCUGUAUCUUCAACAGGGGACCUUCCAAGUAGCAGUGUCCAUGACAGUGGAAAAUCUUCAACUUUAUAUGGGGCUUCAUCACCAAGGUUGCCUGUAAGUGCGCAAUUGUCAAAAAACAGACUUCUGUCUCUCAAUAGUAGGAUGACUGACUCUUCAGUAGUCACAGGAAGCAAGGCUGGUAGGAAUGCACCUUCUACUCAUUCUGUUAAGGUGUCAGCCGAUUCCUCCACACCUCUGAGAUCAAACAGUUUUUACAAAUUAUCGGCAACCCCUAAGGAUGUUAAGGAACCUAUUGAAGUGGGUUCGCAGGCUAAAGCAGAUAGAGAAAAUACCAGUAACAGUCAUGCAGCCGGGGUAAUCGCCAAACCCUUAAAGUGCAAUACAAGCACAGAUUUGUCAACUGUUUCAGAUCCAAAGACAUCUUCCGGUGUUCAUAAUUUAGAGACAAAAGAAAUAAGAACUGGAAAAUUAGCGAAAGAUGGACUAGGUCUUGCAAAAAAGAAAGCAAUGUCGAAGUCUCCAAGUAUAUGUAGAGAUUCCAAAUCUGCUUUAUCAAUGAAUCUGGAAAAGCCUGCAGUAGAUGAUAGGCAUGCCAAGUCAGUUACGUUUUUGAUGAAGGAUUCACCCAACUCUAGGCCAGUACGAUCUGAAGUUAAAAUGGCUGUUGCUCCAAGACAGGUUGCACUCAACUCAAAUAAGGAGCUUAAUUCUUUGAGGUUCUUAGCUGAUGGAAGGGAAGGAAGAACACAGUUAAAAACAUCACCUAGUAAGUUUCAAGCUGUUACAGCUAACAAACUGCAGCAUUCUGCCUCUACUGAAGCUUCCCAUAAAGUUACAGCUGAGAAGUCUGAAGAUAAGUCUCUGUUUGAGACAACCUUUGUCAUAAAAUCAUCAGAAGAGGAAAACAUUUUCACUUCUUCUGUUAAGGAUGAAAAAAUGAGUAACUCCCUUGGAGAAAAACUUGCAGCAGAAGGUCGUGCUUCUCAGAAUGAGAAAAAAAGUGCAACACUUGCAAACAAACUAAUUUCAAACGAUUUGCUUCUUGAGGAGAAUAAGAAGUCAGGAAAUUUCAAGAAAUUUUCUUCUUUGAAGUGGGCAUCACCUAAUCAUCAAACAGCAGCUGGAAGCACAAGGUGCUAUAAGUGUAAAGAACUAGGUCAUUCUGCUCAGUUAUGCACAAGUCGUACUUCUGCAGAAACUGGGAGUAGCGGUCUCCGUGUUUCUAGUCUCAUAGCUUCAGCUGCAAGAAGUGCAAAGGAUCUGUCAGAUACUGUCAGUGUUAAAAUAAACACUCUUGAGGAGAUAACAUCUUCAGGUAACUACAAAGCCAGUGGAAAUGAUGAAAGUUCAGUGCUACAGCUGUUCAACUCUGAACAGGACCAUGCUGAUCAGCCUGGGAGUGGCUCACCAGGGCAAGUUUCUAGCAAUAAGGAGGCUUCCUAUCGUGAUCCAAAGUGUAAUUCUGUGGAAUCUUCUAAAGGAGCGUCGUACUUAAGCCGGGAGCUUGAUAUUAAAACCUUAGAGAGCUGUCAGGUUUCUAUCCCUACUAGGGACCUUGGUCAAGGUUUAGCUACUACAACGCCAAUUCUGACAUCUGGUCUUGGGGAGCCAUCUUUAGUUAAUCCUUCUAGUAACAGUUCCAAGUCCCAAGGAGAGCAACUGUUGCAUACAGCUGCUAAUGAAAAGAAGAAAUUAGGAAAUGAUGAAAUUCAAAAAAAUUCAUCUCAAUUAGGACAAAUUGUUUCUCCAACAGAGGACAUGGUUGUAGCUAUUAGAGAAAGCUUGUCUCAUGGUGUUCCUGCAUCUCUUGAUGGAGCUGGCCAACCAGGCAUAGAGUGUAGAUCUGUUCCAUGCCGAGGGUCUUCUGUAGUAGAAACUACUUCAGCAUCAAGUCUACCAGAGCACAAUUUCUUAUGGCAAGGUGGCUUCGAUGUGCAAAGCAAUACAAAUGGUACCAACUACUUUGACGGGAUACAAGCUCAUGCAUCAACUUCUGCGGCAUCAAAAGUCCUUGAUGCAGUAAAGAAGUUUUCCUCUAAACUUCAGCUAGAGGAAGUUCCUCGCUACAGCUCAUGGCCACUGCAAUUUGGUCACUACCGCCCAAGCGAUAAGAAUAUUGCUCUCUACUUUUUUGCCAAAGAUCAUGAGAGCUAUGAAAGGCCCUACCGAAAAUUGCUGGAGCAUAUGCUUAAGCAUGACUUGGCUCUGAGAGGAAACUUUGAUGGCGUGGAGCUUUUAGUUUUUUCCUCAAAUCAGCUUGAAGAACAAUCUCAGCGUUGGAAUAGACUUUUGUUUCUGUGGGGUGUUUUCAGGGAAAGGAAGUCAACUUGCAUUGAAUCAUCUACAUGUAUGAAUGAAAAUGUUCAGGGAGAAUUAGCAAAAGGAGAUCCUUCAGCUUCAUCUGUAUUUGGAUCUUCUGAGUUAGAGGUGAUGGAUACUGACAGAGUUGUAAUCGGAGAUUCGAAUGUAUCAGAGGGUACCCUUAGAGUUACUGGGGACCAAACACUUGCAUCGACUUCUUCUCAGGAUGAAGGACCAAAUGGAAAUUCGUAUGAUCCGAAUAUCCAAAAUUUGCCUGUUGUCGAAGAUACUAAAUUCAACAGCACUCUGAAGAUUGACAAGAAGGAUGCAGAACAGUUAUCAAUCAAGAAGCAUUCAAUGGGAUCGUCAUUUGAGUCUAAUGAGCAGUCAUCUUCAAAAAUUCCACAAUCUAAUAGGUUAAGCAGCCCUGAUUUGUCAGCUGGACUUGAAAUUAGUACAACACAGAUGCCUCAAAAUGCAACAGAUGGCAACUUUUUUGAGGAAAUGAUUCCUCCGGAGGCUGGACUAGUUGCAUCGGGAAAAUCUGGAGAGAUAUCAAGUUCACACAUUCAAACAGAGGGGACAAAACCAAACUGUUUGAGACAUACGCUAUCUGCUUCUUCAACCAUCUCUCUCAGUUCUACAGAAAGGAAAGCUUAUUCUUGUGAUACUUUAAAGACUGCUCAUUUUCAGUCUGAUUCGCUUGGUCAACAAACAAGUAUUGAUAAGGGAAAGAAAAGGCCAAGAGAUGCUAAAUGUGAUAGACAAAUGGAGAAAGCAAAGGAAGUAGAAUCUGCAAGGUUGAGUAGCAGGGAUGGUGAAAUGGAUCAGGGGUGGAGGCCAUGGGAAAAGCACAGAGAGGAUUCGCUUGUUGCAAAUGAAAGAGAGAGAGGCAGGUGCCCUUCAAUAAGUAGAGAAGAAGAUUAUGGUAACUGUGAACCAAAGUAUCAAAAGGAUGGGAUGCAACAAAGGAAACGCUUUUGUCCUUCACGUUCUCAUUCACCACCACAAAUUGGAGUUCAGUCACACUCUCAAACAAAGCAAAUCUUUAAGAAUGAUUUUGAAUAUUCCCAAACUCAUUCCCCUAACUUGGAUCAUAUCAAGCAACCAUUAAGAUGGCAAGCUUCUGAGAUGAUUCCUGAUUUUGAUGGGUCAUCUCAUGAAAAGUCAAAAAAUAUUGUAGUAGAUGGAAAGGAUGGCCGGAGAAAAUUGAAGAGUUACAGUAAUGUGGAAGUUCAGGAAAAUGGCAAAAAGCAAGAUGUAAGCAACAUGAAUCUUGCAGAGCAGAAAAUGUCAUCUCGGCAAUCUUAUCCCAUUGCUGAUUUAAAUCAGGUUGCUGAUUUCGAUUCUGCAGUUGAGUUCAGUGGAACCUCUGUUCAACAGCAUAUUCAACAGGAAGAUCCAGAGGGCCAUCUUCGCUUUCCACAAUAUUGUCAAUUGACAGAGAGAGUGUUUUUCCCGUUUUCUGAUGAUAUCAGCAGAAAUCACAGAUUAUCAAAACUGUCUGAACAGUGGCCAAGCCAGCUUGGUUCUAAACAGAGCUCUUCUGAGUCAUCUUCAACUAGUCGACUUAUUUCUUCAACUGAAGAAAAUUGGGAACGAUUGGAUUUGAAUAUGCCCAGUCUUGAGCUUGAUUUAGGAGGGAGAGUGUCUUCUAAUCCUAUAAAGAGCAGUCCUUUACAGGGAACUGAAAAUGGUUCAUCUCUUGCACUCUCACUUGCUUAUCCUUUGACCCAGAAUGAUCAAACUACCAAGACUCAGAAAGAAGAUUAUAAGAAACCAGUGAACUGUAGUGUAAACGCAUCAUUCUGUCUGUUUGGUCAUCGUGUAAAUGGUUGAGUAGAAACAAAGGUGACAGCCUUAUGAUGUACUAGAAAUCCUUCAUGAAUUUUGGUCAGCACUCUUGAAGUUGUGCAAAUACUUGAAUUGCGUAUGCAAUCAAUUUCUUGCUCUACAACUUUUUAUUAAGAUAGCCUGACCAUCCUCUGGUGUUGGAUCACUGUUGUGGAAAUAGAGGUACACUGAAACUAUAUAUUUGGAGAGUUUAGUUGAAGCCUACCUCUUAUUCCAACAUUUUUGUUUACGAUGUCUUUUCAUUUAAAAAAUGAACCAAUGUAUAUGAUUCUGUGUGUAAGUUAAAGAGGAAAGGAAACUAGUCUUUAUGAUCCA